AUGGCGUGCGGCGUCUUCGCGCUGCUGACCGGCAUCUACCGCGUCGCAUUCACAUCGGACCAGAAGCGCGCAGACUUGCUCGAAUUCUCCAUGCAGGUGCUGCAGGCGGCCGGUACCGUCGCCGCGUUGCUCCUGCACCCCACGCGCCUCGUCUACCUCCUCCGUCUCGUCCGCUGGCGGCCGUCCGAUGUGAUCAGCCUGCGGAAAGUCUUCUCGCGAGGCGACGCGGCGGUGGCGAAGCCUCACGAACGUCGCCACAUGGCAGUGGUGAUCGGGUUACUCAACAUCGCGUGCGUGAGCCAGUACGGAAUCUUCCUCUGCCUCUGCCUGCGCGCGCCCGCGGACCGCCGAAUCUUCCCCGUGCUUGUAUUUAUAUUCGGCGCGUUCGGCCUGGGCACUGUCGCGGGCGUUUACUUCCUGCUCUGCCCGCUCGGCCGCCAGCUUCAUGUUGAUGCCGCUCCGCCUGCGGCGCAUAAGCGUAGUGCGGGGACGGCGGACGGGGAUAACAGUACCGCGCGAGGAAGUCCGGCGGAGAAAGCCCGCGCGUGCGGUUUGUGGGGAAUCAGCUCUCGGGGCAGAGGCGACGGCGGGGAGGAGCGGGGGACUGAGGGAAGCGAGCGGCGGGAGAGGGCGAGCGUGUCCUUCAGCGCGCUUUCGUGCCACCUCUGGUCGUCCCCUGACCAUCGUCCCUCACUCCGCCUCGGCUCCGCCCGCCUGCAGAGCUCGCGCAGCCAGCGCAGCAGCAGCUGCCACGUGGACAAGCGCGCUGUGUGGCAGCCGCGUGCGUCAUGCGCAGGCGACAAUCAGGGCUCAAUGGCAGCGCAGGGAGCCGCCGUUACUAACGACGCACCCGAGUGGGCGGGGUCGCUGUGGGGAGUAGCAGACGACUGCGGAAUCGCUGCGCGCGUGGCGCUCUGCUGCCCGUGCGCCUUCGCGCGGCACCUGCACCGUGCGGGCUUCGGCCAUCCGUUCUUCCACGCGCUCAACCUGCUCCUCUUCCUGCUCGCCCCGCCGCUCGUCUUCACUGCAUCCGCGCGCUUCAUGACCAACCCCGCGCUGCACGCGCUCACCGUGGCGUUCGGCGUGGCGGGGGCGCUCAUGGGGCUGCUGUACGGCGGGUACUGGCGGUGGAAGCUGCGGCGGACCUUCGACCUGCCUGCGCAGACAUGGGUGUGCGGACACAAGGCGUUCUCGGAUUUCGGCACGUGGGUUGCGUGCCCCUGCUGUGCGCUGUGCCAGGAGAUGCGCACCGUGAAGGCGUACGGGCUCAGGGUUGUCGCCCCAGAUGAUGCCCAGCUGGAGGUGAUUGUAACGGGGGGCAAGGGAGAAGCUAGGAGCAGCAGCAAGGGCCGGGCUGAGCGGGACAGUGUAACAAUCUCAGUUACCACUGCACCGUGUGUCUUGAAAAUGGAGAUUGACGGUGACAGUGACAGGGCCUGUUAA